UCCGUGCAGAUCGAGAUGAACAAGAAGCGUGAGGCCGAGUUCCAAAAGAUGCGGAGGGACCUAGAGGAGGCCACGCUGCAGCAUGAGGCCACGGCCUCUGCCCUGCGCAAGAAGCACGCUGACAGCGUGGCGGAGCUGGGCGAGCAGAUCGACAACCUGCAGCGGGUGAAGCAGAAGCUGGAAAAGGAGAAGAGUGAGUUCAAGUUGGAGCUGGAUGAUGUCACCUCCAACAUGGAGCAGAUCAUCAAGGCCAAGGCAAACCUGGAGAAGGUAUCUCGGACACUGGAAGACCAGGCCAAUGAGUACCGCCUGAAGCUGGAAGAGGCCCAACGCUCCCUCCAUGACUUCACCACCCAGCAGGCCAAGCUGCAGACUGAAAAUGGAGAGCUAUCUCGGCAACUGGAGGAAAAGGAGGCACUGAUCUCCCAGCUGACCCGAGGGAAGCUCUCCUACACUCAGCAGCUGGAAGACCUCAAGAGGCAGCUGGAGGAGGAGCUUAAGGCAAAGAACGCCCUGGCCCAUGCACUGCAGUCAGCCCGGCAUGACUGCGACCUGCUACGAGAGCAGUACGAGGAGGAAACGGAAGCCAAGGCUGAGCUACAGCGUGUCCUAUCCAAGGCCAACUCAGAGGUGGCCCAGUGGAGGACCAAGUAUGAGACGGAUGCUAUCCAGAGGACCGAGGAGCUUGAGGAGGCCAAGAAGAAGCUGGCACAGAGGCUCCAGGAUGCCGAGGAGGCUGUAGAGGCUGUCAAUGCCAAGUGCUCAUCGCUGGAGAAAACCAAGCACCGGCUGCAGAAUGAGAUCGAGGACCUCAUGGUGGACGUGGAGCGCUCCAACGCCGCCGCUGCAGCCCUGGACAAGAAACAGAGGAACUUCGACAAGAUCCUGGCCGAGUGGAAGCAGAAAUAUGAAGAGUCACAGUCAGAGCUGGAGUCCUCACAGAAGGAGGCGCGCUCCCUCAGUACCGAGCUCUUCAAGCUCAAGAAUGCCUAUGAGGAGUCCCUGGAGCACCUGGAGACCUUCAAGCGGGAGAACAAGAACCUUCAGGAGGAAAUCUCAGACCUGACUGAGCAGCUGGGAGAAGGAGGAAAGAAUGUGCAUGAGCUGGAGAAGGUCCGCAAACAGCUGGAGGCAGAGAAGCUGGAGCUGCAGUCUGCCCUGGAAGAGGCUGAGGCCUCCCUGGAGCACGAGGAGGGCAAGAUCCUCCGGGCCCAGCUGGAGUUCAACCAGAUCAAGGCAGAGAUCGAGCGCAAGCUG